UGCGCUCGUGUGAGAACCAAAACACAUGUGUUGAAGAGUUUUCCUGCACCUAGAAAGUGCUGCGUUUGGUCCCAAUUUCUUCGUGAAGUUGGCGGCAACGUGGAAAUGGACGAAGCACUUGUGCGAGCCAAAAUUCCUCAGGAUCUGGUGAAGGUUCUCGGUGUAAAGCCCCGGACCCAAUCUAAAGCCGAGGCCUUCACCAGGUCGUUCCUGAGGAACAGCCUUCAGCCCAACUCGCGACUUGAUCCGAGGAGCGUGCUGAGUCACAAGGCCGUGCUUCUGGACUACGCCAGGCCCAAGAAGGACAAGAGGAAGAGCAAGAAAGCCAAAGGACUGAACGCUCGGCAGAAGAGGGCGAUGAAGAUCUUCCAGAUCAAGCCGGAGCACCAGAGAUACGAGCUUUUCCUGCCUCUGCAUGAACUCUGGAGACAGUACGUCAUGGACCUGUGCAACGGAUUGAAACCAACAUGCAGUCCACAGUUCGUGCAACAGAAGCUUCUGAAGGCAGACUUCCACGGUGCCAUCAUCACAGUGGUCCGCUCUAAAUGCCCAUCAUAUGUCGGCGCCACAGGGAUUCUCGUCCAAGAGUUCAAACACAUCUUCAAAAUCAUCACCAAAGAAGACAAGCUGAAAGUGAUCCCCAAGAGGAACAGCGUGUUCGCGGUGGAGAUCAACGGCUUCGUCUCGCACAUCUACGGGAACCGGUUUGAGCAGCGAGCCAGCGAGCGCUCGGCCAAGAAGUUCAAAGUGAGAGGAACCAUCGACUUGUGAGGCGCCAACCACGGGGACGCCGGAAGGACGCAGAGAGACGGAGAGAGAACCGCCACGGCAGCGACCGACACGUAGCAGAUGCAUUGAGGCCAUUUACUGGCGUGUGUGUGUGUAUAAAUAUAUACAUAUAUAUCAUUCAGUUUUUGGUUCGGUUUACACUAAACUGAAUAUGGACCUCUUUCACAAAUUGGUGUCACUUUAUAUGAAAGGCGAUCUUCACCACGGCACUGUGUUUACUUGUCACGGGGCGUUCUAAUCAUCCAGUGAUGGUUGUAUAGUGCUCUCUGUGUCCAGAGGUUUGUCGAGUCUGAGAACCAAAAUUGGCAACUCGGUUGUACAGUUGUGUUUCAGAGACACUUUAACCAGCCAGCAGGCGAGUUUAAUUGUGGCUACUGGUCACAUUUAUUUAUUGUGUUUAGUAUUUUUAUCUAAUGUUCCUGAAAUUAAAUGCAUACUUUUUGGAUCAUUUAAUAUUUUCUCGUGGUGGGAAAAAAACCCAAUGAAAAGCAGACGUGAUAAAUUGGUUUUAAUUUGUUACGUUUGAA